AGUGAGGUCGGCGGUUUGCCGCAUCACGGAAGAUGGCGGCCGCGGCGGCUACGGUGAACGGGACGGCGGGCGUCUCGAGCUCGGGGCCGGCGGCCGCCUCGGGCGGCAUCCUGCAGGCAGCGGCCGGCAUGUACGAGCAGCUCAAGGACGAGUGGAACCGGAAGAGCCCGAAUCUUAGUAAAUGCGGAGAAGAGCUGGGCCGCCUGAAGCUGGUCCUGCUGGAACUCAAUUUCCUGCCAACCACAGGAACCAAACUGACCAAACAGCAGCUCAUUCUGGCCCGUGACAUCCUGGAGAUCGGGGCGCAGUGGAGCAUCCUGUGCAAGGACAUCCCCUCCUUCGAGCGCUACAUGGCCCAGCUCAAGUGCUACUACUUUGAUUACAAGGAGCAGCUCCCUGAGUCGGCCUACAUGCACCAGCUCCUGGGCCUCAACCUCCUCUUCCUGCUCUCUCAGAACCGAGUGGCUGAGUUCCACACGGAAUUAGAACGCUUGCCUGCCAAGGACAUCCAGACCAAUGUCUACAUCAAGCACCCUGUGUCGCUCGAGCAAUACCUGAUGGAGGGCAGCUACAACAAGGUGUUCCUGGCCAAGGGCAACAUCCCUGCGGAGAGCUACACCUUCUUCAUCGAUAUCCUUCUGGACACGAUCAGGGGUGAAAUCGCAGGGUGCAUCGAGAAGGCCUACGAGCAAAUCCUCUUUGCUGAGGCUACCCGGAUCCUCUUCUUCAACACACCCAAAAAGAUGACAGACUAUGCCAAGAAGCGGGGUUGGGUCCUAGGCCCUAACAGCUACUACAGCUUUGCCAGCCAGCAGCAGAAGCCAGAAGACACCACCAUCCCCUCCACCGAGCUGGCCACGCAGGUCAUCGAGUACGCCCGGCAGCUGGAGAUGAUCGUCUGAGCCCUGACCAAGGCGGGCCGUGGCUAGUCCAGCCACCCCAGGACAGGCUGGCCUUUAAUAAAGGCGGAUUAACCCUUUAUGG